ACCAGUUUGUUAAAAUAUGGAUAUCAAUUGAGGUUCUUUGAUAAUUAAACCCAGUUUCAGAUUAUAGUUGAGGAGUUCCGGGUGUUCGUUGAUUAAAAGAUUUAAACUUUGAGUAUUUUAAUUUCAUACUUAGUGCAUUGAACAUAUUCACAUUCGUAAAAUGAAUAACAACAACAGGAAUAAUAAUAAUAAUAAUAAUCCUGAGGAGAAUGGUGGUGCAAAUCCAUGGGCGAUUGCAGCCGGUAUUGGGCUGGCUGGUGCCAUAGUGGGUGGAACCAUAUCAUAUCUGAUGAGUGGCUCCAAGGAGAAGGAACCAGAGCACCGUAGUCCACAAUCCCCCAGUGUGGAGGAAAGGAUGAUAAGGAAUACGGCCAGUACCAGCAGGUCGAACAGCUCCGAGGAUACUGCCGUAUCUUCGUAUCUUUCCGAUUUGUUAGGAAGGAUGUCUACGUCACGCGGGGGUCCUUUUACAUCUACGAUGAGCAUUGAAGAGUGCCACAACAUUCCUGAAAACCCAGUGAUUACGAAUCUUAACUCGUUGCUGUCCGACAUAUACGUGCGGUACAUAAAGUUGAGCGACUUCGACACUCAUUAUAGAGUGUUUGACACGAUCUUCCAAGCUGUGCACAAGAAGAUGAAGGAAGUCGAUCCCUACUACCAGAAGUAUUCAAGCACGGUCCAGUGUUGUGGCAGUCAUUUCGAUAAUUUACGCAUCGAUAAACCUGACGAAUUUGACAUGGACAUAGUGAUCGGCUUACCUGUUAGUAUCAAGAUCGAUCCUUUCAAUCCUGACUAUAGUGACAUCAUUUUAGAGGCUAAGUCCCCGGGAUACGUCCAGCUAAAGACGGGGGUUCAGUUCCAAAAACUACCAAUGAGGGACAAGGAAGAAUGGUUGAUCAACAAAACUGCGUAUGAAUGGAAAGAUGAUGCCAACUAUCUCUUGCGAUCAAAGUUCUGUGAUUGGUUCAAGAGCGUCGUGAACAAGGCUCUGAAUAAAUUUGAAGUUAGUAGUAAUGGACGACCCGUGUACUACGUGGAAGGAGUGCCGUAUGUCAUUGACAAGUCGGAGUCCGGACCGGCAAUGACGCUUCUGAUUAGCAACUACUCUAGAGACUUCAAAUUGGAUGUAGAUCUGGUGCCGUGCUUCAAGUUCCCGGAGAACCGAUGGCCGAUCAGCAAAUCUUACCGUGACAUACCCCCGCGUUGUAAGAAGGACUACUGGAUGGUGGUCGGCAAGCCAAAUAAGGCGUCGCCGAGUGCGUACGACCAGUCGCGCUCCUGGCGCAUAGCUCUGCACAAUCAGGAGCGCGAGUUGAUGCACCAUUCAUACAACUUGCGACAAGCAAUUCGAUUGAUCAAAAAGCUGCGAGACUCGUUAGGAAUGAAGAAGAUAGCGAGUUACUACAUCAAAACCAUGUUCUACUGGGAGGUUAUAGAAAUCAACAAUCCGGACUAUUGGCAGAAGAGCAGCCCAGCGACAUUGUUCAAGCAGAUGGUAGGGAAACUGCAUCAGGCUUUGGUGGCGAGAAACAUACCUUAUUUUUGGAAUAAGCAGAAUAACCUUAUAGGUUCAGUACCACCACAAACUCUAGCCAACUACGAGGCCAAAUUGAAGCCCUUGUUGGAAAUAUUGGAGCAACCAUCGAAAUACAAACUCGUGGCCCGAUAUUUAUUGACACCGGAAGAAUUCGCCGAUUAUAAUGCAAGGUUCCUUCAUAUCUAAUUUUUACAUUUAUUCAUAUUUCAAUAGACCAUAGAAUACAUAGUAUUGAUAGUAUGUGUGAAGUUUAAACCUCGAACGUGUCACAUGAUUUUGUAAUGAUUUAAUUUUAAUUUACGUAUUUGUAUUUACUUAUGGACCUACGAUAUAACUGUGUACAGUAAAUCUGCACAGUGAAACCGCAAGGUGUAGCCUGCAUAAGACACAAAUCUCCCUCUUGAAUGAUAAUUUAAAA